CAUAAAUCAUGUGUUUGCUCAUAUUUUUAAAAUAUAUCCUGAUUACUGUUUUCUUUUUCCCUAGGUCAUUUCCUUCAGAACCAUCUGCCUUGCUACUGGCUGAUCUCUAUUGUACAAGAUUGGCAUUGUGUGGUUAUCGUGAACACCUAUCCAAAGAGACUCUGAUGGAAUUAUUUUCUAAAUUGCAAUUCAAUAUUUCUUCCAGUGUACCUAAAGUGCGACUGCUAACGAUACGGAUUUUAAGUCAUUUUGAUGAUCUGCUUUCAACAGGAACCCAGGAUGUGGGGUUAUUUGGUAUGUUGCUUCAAGCGGAACUUGUGCCAGCAAAUGUCAAUGAUUAUCGUGAGAAGCUGCUCUAUCUAAGUAAGCUGAGAUAUGAUUUGGUGCAGUCCCUGAUCCCUGAGGGACCUUUGCAGGAGGUGCCUCUUCGAUAUUUACUGGGAAUGCUUUAUAUCAACUUCAGUCCACUGUGGGACCCUGUGACUGAGCUUAUAAGGUCCCAUGCAGAUGAAAUGGAAAACAAGCUAUUCUGGAAAGUUUAUUAUGAACAUUUGGAAAAAGCUGUGUCCUACGCUGAAAAGGAGCUAGAAGAAGAACCAAAAGCAGUUAAGGAUGCUGGAAGUGAGGCAAUCCAUCAGCAUCAUGUCAGAGCUUUGUAUCUUGAGCAACUGAAAUGGCAGACAUGCUGUAAUGAGAGAACGGAUCAUAUAAAUUUUAGGUUUCUCCUUUGGAAGGCAAUGUCAAGAUUUCCAUCCAGGGUGGAGCCCAGGUCAAGAGAACUUUCCCCACUUCUACUAAGAUUUAUUAACAAUGAGUAUUAUCCUGCAGAUUCACAAAUAGCUCCAGUGCAAGAUCUUAGAAAGAAAAGCAGUUGUAGUGACGAUAUAAAAGAAGGUCUUCCAGAGAAAAUGGGUCUUCAUGACACAACAGAGGAUGAGACCUAUGACUUCGAAGGAGAGAAGCAAACUUCUGAAGACCAAGUCACUGAGGAGAUGCCAAAAAGGAAAACCAGAAGAGCUGCGACCAAACAGCUUAUCACCCACUUACAAGUUUUCACUCAGUUUUCAAAUCCACGUGCUUUGUAUUUAGAACCCAAAUUGAAUGAAAUAUAUAUACAGCUGCUGACCCAUCAAGAUCAAAAUGUGCAAAAAGUAGCUCUUGACUGCAUCAUGACUUACAAGCAUCCUCAUCUUCUGCCAUAUAAAGAGAAUUUACACCGGCUAUUGGAAGACAAGAGUUUUAAAGAAGAAAUAGUUCAUUUCAGCAUUUCUGAAGAAAACAGUAUAGUAAAGCCACAGCACCGAUCAGAACUUAUUCCUGUUUUAAUGAGGAUUCUGUAUGGACGGAUGAGAAACAAAACUGGAAGCAAAACACAAGGGAAAUCGGCUGCAGGGACCCGUAUGGCUAUUGUUUUGAGAUUCCUGGCUGGCUCAUUGCCUGAAGAGAUAGGAGUGUUUCUGGAUCUGCUCUUUGAGCCUGUGAGACAUCUCAGUAAUGGACAUUGCCAGUCUGCAGUGCUUCAAGCAGUGCAAGAUUUGGAUUUAUCGAGAGUCCUACCUUUAGGCCGUCAGCAUAGUCUUUUCAACAGCUUGGAAGUAGUACUAAAAAACAUGGGGCAUCUGAUCAGCCAGGACCUGCCUGAGAUUUUACAGAUUUUACUUUGCAUGAUAGCAACAAUAUCCCACAUUCUUCAGCAAAGAGAAAAGAUUCAACUCAGAUUUAUCAACCAGCUGAAAAACUUAAGGCGCCUUGGACUUAAGCUUGUAGCAGACUUUUUCUCUGACUUUGAAAAGUACAGCUUUAGUGUGGAAGAGAUUGAUGCUGUGUUCUGUGCAGUGGUGUGGCCCCAGAUCACCAGGCUGGCUUCUGAGAGCCAAUAUUCUCCUACUCCUUUAUUCAAAAUUAUUCAUAUCUGGAGCAAAAACCCCAGGUAUUUCCCUUUGCUGGCUAAGCAGAAGCCAGGGCAUCCAGAAUACGAUAUAUUAUCAAAUUUAUUUGCUGUGCUCUCAGCCAAGAGUCUGGGAGAGGGAACAGCUGUUAUUGUGAUGGAUGUGGUUGACAGCCUCCUCAAUACUCCUGACUUUGAGCCUAAGGACCAGUUAAGCAGCUUGACAGUGACUGACUGCAUCUUUAUUGAAGUUGAAGAAAUAGUGGGAGAUGUUCCUAGUAUGGGUACAAGGCUAGUUCUCCCCCAUGUCCCUUCAAUUCUUCAGUAUCUCAACAAAACUAUGAUCAGCGUAGAUAAGAUAAAGAAAAAAAAGUAUAAUGCACAACUCAGUAAAGAACUCAACAUUCUUUCAAAGAUUAGCAAGUUUAUAAAGGAUAAGAGCCAGAGUUCUAUUCUGAUUGGCCUCCUGCUCCCUUUCCUUCACCAGAGCAACAUUACUCAGGAUACAGAGAUUGACAUCCUGGAGACAGUGCAAAAUCUACUGAAACAUUGCUUAACUCCAGCAAGCUUCCUUAAACCUCUGGCAAAAUUGUUUUCUGUUAUUCAAAACAAAUUGUCUCGUCAGGCACUCUGUGUGGUUUUUGAGACAUUAUCACAUUUGGAAAGUAAUUUAAAAUAUAUCACAGAUACUGUCAAGCUGAAUGCUUUCAAUCCACAACAUCUUGAUGAGAUCAAUUUUGACCUCCGUUUAUCAGCAUUCCAAGACAUCAUUUCUCAUAUCAAAGGGAUGAACAAAAUAGAUGUCAGCUACUUCAUUCCAGUAAUGCAUAACUGUUUCUACACUAUACAGUUAGAGGAAAUGGCUUUAAGUGAUAGUGCUGUCCUCUGCCUGAAUGCCAUUAUUCACAAAUUUUCUGAACUUGAUCACACAGAGGAUGAAUUCAAGGAAAUUAUUCAGCACACACUUCUGGAUUCUUUGAGAAAAGGGUUAAAGAGCAAGAUUGAGUGCAUUCAGCAGGAUUACACAUCAUUACUGUCAAGGUUGAUUCAAACAUUUUCAGAACAUCCAGAGUUUCAUGACUUGGUCCAGCUGACUGAUUAUCAUGAUCCAGAGAUGGACUUCUUUGAAAAUAUGAAGCAUAUUCAGAUCCAUAGAAGGGCACGAGCCCUGAAGAAACUAGCUAAGCAACUAGUGGAAGGCAAAACCAUAUUGAGUUCUAAAACUCUUCAAAAUUACAUUAUGCCUUACGCAACUACUACCAUUUUUGAUGAGAAAAUGCUUAAGCAUGAAAACAUGAUAACUGCAUCAGUUGAAAUGGUGGGAGCUGUCUGCAGACAUCUUUCUUGGUCAGCAUACCUUUAUCAUUUGAAGCAUUUCAUCCAUGUAUUGCAGACGGGACAAAUCAAUCAAAAACUUGGUGUCAGCGUGCUAGUAAUGGUGCUGGAGGCUUUUCAUUUUGACCACGAAACUCUUGAAAAGCAGCUUUUGAUUAUUGAAACGGAAGAAGCCAUGCAUAUCAAUCCUGAAGUAGAGAAUGAAGCCAUGGAAGUGGAACUUAGUGAUGGAGAAGAAGAAGGCCAAAAGACCAGCAAAGAACAUUCUUGUGUCAGUGAACAGAAGGAGGAUGCUGCAUCUGGGUCUGAUCAGCCUGCUAAUGAAGAAGAUGAGAACUCCCAGAAAGCUACAAAACCGCCCUCAUUCCUGCCCAGGAAUAAGAAAGAGCUGGAGUGUCUGAUUAAACAUAUUCAGGAAACAGUGAUUGCCAAUAUAUUGCCCAAACUGCACAGAUGCCUCAUUGCAAAGGUCAAAAGAGAUGAACAGCACAAGCUGGUGAAAUCCAAGAUUGUCAAUGAUGAAGAGGUGGUGAAGGUCCCAAUAGCUUUUGCAAUGGUCAAGCUGAUGCAGUCUCUUCCUCAAGAUGUUAUGGAGGAGAAUUUGCCAAGCAUUCUUCUGAAAGUCUGCUCUCUUCUGAGGAAUAGAGCGCAGGAAAUCCGGGACAUUGCACGUAAUACCUUGAUGAAAAUAAUGGAGGCUUUGGGACCACAAUACCUUCAGUAUGUUUUAAAAGAGAUGGAGUCAACCCUUGUCAGCGGUUACCAGGUCCACGUGCUAACUUUCACUGUCCACCUCUUGCUGAAAAGCCUCGCCAAUGAUCGACUUAAAGUUGGUGAUUUGGAUCCCUGCAUAGAACUGUUGAUGGAAAUUUUCAGCCGUGAACUGUUUGGGGAAAUUGCUGAGGAAAAAGAAGUAAAGGGCAUAGUUUCCAAAGUCAUGGAAGCUCGUAGAAGCAAAAGUUACGAUUCUUAUGAAAUCCUUGCCAAAUACGUAGGAAAAAACCAAGUGAUUAAGGUUAUUCUUCCAUUAAAAGAGAUUUUGGAGAAUACAACCAGCCUAAAGAUGUCUCGAAAGGUACAUGAAACUUUACGACGAAUUGUGUCUGGAUUGAUACUGAACAAAGCAAUGACUGCAGACUCUGUUCUUCUACUCAGCCAUGGUUUGAUUAGUGAAAAUCUGCCAUUGUUAACAGAGAAAGCAAAAAUGAAAGCUGCAGUUCCUCCAGAUCCACGUUUGCAACCAGAGAGCUGCCUCUUACUGCCACCGACUCCCGUUCGAGGAGGUCAAAAAGCACCUGUGAGCAGCAAGACUAACAUGCACAUCUUGGUUGAGUCAGGGCUACGGCUGCUGCACAUGAGUUUGAAGAGAUCUAAAAUAAAUUCUUCAGAUGAGCAUGUUUUAGAAAUGUUGGAUCCUUUUGUACAACUGCUUAUCAGCUGUCUUCAGUCCACAGAUAAUAAGGUGAUCACUGGUGCACUUCAAUCAUUUCUCUGGGUUUUAAAGUUUCCUCUACCUGCAACAGAUAAUAAUAUGGAGCAGUUAAUUACGCAGCUUUUCCUCCUACUGAAGGACUUUGCUAAACCAGGAGCAGCUAAAGGACAGAAUUUUCAUUUGGUUGUCAAUUGUUUCAAAUGUGUAACUCUGCUUGUGAGGAAUACAAAGAGUCAUAUAACAGAUAAACAACUGCAAGUUUUGCUUGGAUAUGCUGAAGAAGAUAUUUAUGACUCAUUACGACAAGCCACUGCUUUUGGCCUCUUAAAGGCCAUUUUAUCUAGAAAACUGAUAGUUCCAGAAAUUGAAGGUGUCAUGCAGAAGGUUGCAGACUUUGCCGUUACAGGCCAAAGUGAACAAGUUCGAGUUCAGUGCAGACAGAUUUACCUAAAAUACAUUCUUGAUUAUCCCCUGGGGAAAAAGUUGAAAGCCAACCUUGAGUGUAUCCUUGCCCAGCUCAAUUAUGAAUAUGAGACGGGAAGAGAGUCUGCUUUGGAAAUGAUUGCUUACCUCUUUGAAAUGUUCCCUCAGGGUUUAUUGCAUGAGUUUUGUGGGCUAUUCUUUGUUCCAUUAUGUAUGAUGAUAGUAAAUGAUGAUUCAGCAAAGUGCAAGAGGAUGGCAGCACUGGCAAUCAAAAAUCUUCUCAACAAAAUUAGUCCUGCAAAUCGAGACCUGAUGUUUUCACUGGUUACUUCAUGGUUUACAAGUGCAAAGAGUAUACACAAGAGAUUAGCUGCUCAAGCCUGUGGAGCAUUUGUUGAAGCUGAAGAAAUUGAAUUUGAGAAAAGGCUUGGAACCAUUCUCCCUGUUAUCGAGAGAGAAAUUCGUCCUUCUAAUUUUGAAGAAGUUAAAGAAGAGACUGAAGAAAAGCUGGCAGACAGAUUGCUCUUCAGCUUCCUUACCUUGCUUGUUAAACUGAUCAAUGAGUGCAACAUUAUUCAAUUAAACAAACACCAUGAGAUUCUAAGCAGUAUUUGGGGUCAUGUCCAGUCCCAUUUAUGGUACCCACACAGCUGGGUGUGGCUGACUUCUGCUCAGAUUUUUGGCUUGCUGUUUGCUUCUCACAAGCCAGAAGAACUUGUCAAUAAAUGGAGCAAAAGAAAACUAGAAAAGAAACAAGUGACUCAAGAGCCAUCAGCAACAGUUUUCUUAACAGAGGAACUUAGCGAAAAGAUGAAAACACUUGCUUUAGCUUUCUGCCAUCAGCUGAAAUCCAGAUUUCUCAGUUCCAAUCUUGGAGAACAGGUUAUAAAGAAUCUACUGUUUGUAUCCAAAGUACUGUACCUUCUGACUCCUGCUCCAGAAGUUGGCAAAGAGAUUGGUCAGGAUGUAGGCUGGGAAACUGAAGAUCAGGGUGACUUAGAAAGCGAAGAUGAAAAAGAGAUUUCCGGUGCAGAGGCAAAAGAGAAAAGCAGUCCAGCCAGUUUGUUGUGGGUGAUGAAGAAACUCCUAGUAAUGGCAACAAGAGAAGCUGCUCAUUCACCCAAAGACUCUUUAAAGAGAACCUGCAUCUUUAAAUUUCUUGGUGCUAUUGCAGUUGACCUUGGGAAAGAGAAGGUAAAACCUUACCUUCCAACAAUCAUAGCCCCUCUGUAUAGGGAACUCAGUAGCACUUACGCAGAACAAGAUCCAACUCUAAAGAACCUUUCCCAAGAAAUCAUAGAACUACUGAAGAAAUUAGUUGGAUUGGAGGCCUUUUCAAUUUCAUUUGCUCUUGUGCAAAAACAGGCUAGUCAGAAGAGAGCUAAACGAAAGAAGCAGAGAGCCCUACAGGCUGUUGCUAAUCCUGAGAUUGCUGCCAAGAGGAAAUUAAAGAAGCAUAAGAAUAAAAUUGAAGCAAAGAAGAGAAAAAUAGAAUAUCUGCGGCCUGGUUACAAAGCCAAAAAACAAAGAAGCCAUGCAUUAAAAGACUUGGCAAUGGUUGAGUAAAACUCCAUCACAUAACUUUUUAUAAAAAAUAUUUAUUCUAUUCAUGUUUGUCAUCUUGCAUGAAAGAGAAGGCAGAAAACUAUUUAUGGGUUUUUAAUGCCUCUGUUGGUUUUUAACAAAAUAAGACAAGUAGAUUCAACAGCCUUUAUCAACUAAGGCUCUACUUAAGAGAGUCAAUUGUAUUUCUGUGGAUUAAAAGGCAAUGUACAGGAAGAGGCUUAAGUAUCACAUCACAGCCUUUUAAGGUUUGAGAUUGUUUCAGGAAACCAGACUCUUUUGUUUUCAGAAAGAUACAUCUGCAGGGUUUUCUAAAUAUUGAUUUGUAAUUUUAAUUCUUUGUAAAUCCUGUUCAACUGAUAAUAUUAUUGGGAAAUCUGUAAAGUGUAAAGUCAUUUCAGUGAGUAGGCUUGUAAUUCAGGAUGGAGAGUUAUCAUCUAUUUUAUUUGUCCAGAGCUCAUUGUAUACUAAUGUACAGAUUGUGGUAAAUGUGUUUUUAUAUUAAACGAUUAAAACACCUUA